AUGUCUAACACCAAAGAGGAUCUUGAUCCUGUUAGCGGCCAUAAAACUGGACCAGACAACCCAAACGUGCCAGAUGAGGUAAAAGGACACGCUCACGCUGUUCUUGAUCAAGGUGUUGGCAAUGACCGGUCCCACAAACAAAGAGACUUGACCAGUGUUACUGCUGGCCCUAAAGCUGCUCAGCAUAACUCCGGUGGAAUGCACCUGGGCAAGACGAAGGCAUAUGAGGACUUGAUUCGAAAGGGUGGAGAGACUCCUGAGGAUUAA